CAAAAAAAAGAAAAAAAAAAUAGUAAAAAAAAAGAGAGAAAUCGGAAACGAGUUUCGUCUGGGUUUUGGGGCUGUUCUGCUGAGCGCGCGCGAGAGAGAGAGAGGGAGAGAUUUCUCAACUCGGCUGAACUUCGAUCGAUGAAAUUGGAUCUCUUCCUAACUCCAAACCCUCCUGACUGAAACCAUAUUCACAGAACCCACAAGAUUUAGACAGUGAGGGCUUCGAUUCGUAUCUAAUCGCCAAAACAACUGGUUGGUACUUAUUGUUGCCUACUUCCUCUUUUGCUCUAGUAGGGAUAAACAUGAGGAGCUGCUUAUUUUCUUACUGGAAAUAAAGACAUGUUUUGAUAUUAUUCGGUCAUCAGGAAUGGAUGUUGAAGUUGUUGAAGUUGAUGGGGGUAAGAGAGAAAACAAUGGGAAAGCAAAUAUUUCACCUAAUAUGGGUGAAAAACAGGGUAGAGCUCGAAACUCUUCUGACAGAGAUGCUCCCAAUCAGGACGAUGAUGAAUAUACAAAACCAUAUGUUGGUAUGGAGUUCGAAUCUGAAGAAGCUGCCAAGACAUUAUACGAUACAUAUGCCAGGCAUGUGGGUUUUAGCACCAAUGUUGGUCAGUACAGCCGUAACAAGCCUGAUGGGCCAAUCAUUACUUGGGAUUUUGCAUGUUCCAGAGAGAUUUUUAAAAGGAAGAAUGUUGAAAGCUGCAAUGCUAUGCUUAGGAUAGAGAGAAAGGAUCAAGACAGUUGGGUUGUAACGAAAUUUGUGGAGGAUCAUAACCAUUCUACAGCAAGUCUUAGCAAGGUUCAUUACCUUCGACCUCGGAGGCAUUUUGCUGGGGCUACAAAGAAUGUGGUUGAAACAUUUGAUGGCCCAAGUGAUGUUUUUGUCUCCAUGGAUGGAAAUCAUGUGUCUUAUGAUCCUAACCGUGGACUAAGGGGUGCCUCCCCUGUAGACACAAAUUGCCCAGCUAGGAGUUUUGGCCCUGUAAAUUAUGGUCAACCCUGUAUCAGAAAGAGAACCCUUGGGAAAGUCGCCCAGAAUCUCCUCAACUAUUUCAAGAAGAUGCAGGCUGAAAAUCCUGGUUUCUAUUAUGCAAUACAACUUGAUGAUGACAAUCGCAUGACUAAUGUUUUUUGGGCUGAUGCAAGAUCAAGGACGGCUUAUAAUCACUUUGGUGAUGCUGUUAUUUUUGACACAAUGUAUAGACCAAAUCAGUUUCUGGUUCCCUUUGCUCCUUUCACUGGUGUAAAUAAUCAUGGUCAGAUGGUUUUGUUUGGCUGUGCAUUACUUUUAGAUGAGUCAGAGUCUUCCUUCACUUGGCUAUUUAGGACAUGGCUGGCUGCAAUGAAUGAUCGUCCCCCCGUUUCUAUAACCACUGAUCAAGAUAGAGCCAUUCAGGCUUCAGUUGCUCGGGUGUUUCCAGAAACACGCCACUGCAUUUGCAAGUGGCACAUCUUGAGAGAAGGCCAAGAAAGGUUGGCUCAUGUAUAUCUUGCUCACCCUUCUUUCUAUGGGGAGCUGUAUAGCUGCAUAAACUUUUCCGAGACAACUGAGGAUUUUGAAUCAUCAUGGGGAUCUCUCCUUGAUCGAUAUGAUCUUCGGAACAAUGAGUGGCUUCAAGCUGUCUAUAAUGCUCGGCAGCAGUGGGCUCCUGUUUAUUUUCGGGGCACUUUCUUUGCUGCACUUUCAUCAAACCAAGGAGUUAGCUCCUUUUUUGAUGGGUUUGUGAAUCAGCAGACCACCAUACCAAUGUUUUUUAAGCAGUACGAAAGAGCUUUAGAAAAUUCAUUAGAAAAGGAGAUAGAAGCAGAUUAUGACACAAUUUGCACCACGCCAGUGCUAAAGACACCAUCACCAAUGGAACAACAGGCAGCAAACCUCUAUACCAAGAAAGUUUUUGCCAAGUUUCAGGAGGAAUUGGUUGAAACUUUUGUGUAUACUGCUAAUAAGAUUGAGGGUGACGAUGUGGUCAGCAAAUUCAGGGUUGCAAAAUAUGAGCAUGAUGACAAGGCAUACAUAGUCACAUUGAAUAUUUCUGAGAUGAAAGCUAGUUGCAGCUGUCAGAUGUUCGAAUACUCUGGCAUUAUAUGUAGACACAUAUUGACUGUCUUUACAGUAACAAAUGUUCUCACCCUUCCAUCCCAUUACAUAUUGAAGAGAUGGAUGAGGAAUGCCAGAGUUGGCUCUGGAUCGGAGGAACAUGAUGCACAUACCCAAGGCAUUGAGUCUCUGACCUCACGCUUCAACAAUCUAUGUCGGGAAGCCAUUAAGUAUGCUGAGGAAGGGGCGAUUGCUGCAGAGACCUAUAACACAGCAAUGAGUGUUCUGAAAGAGGGUGCGAGGAAGAUUGCUGCGGUGAAGAAAAAUGUGGCUAAAGUUACACCUCCCUCUCAGGGCAGUGGAAGUACUCAGGAAGACAGUAACAAGAAGAACCCUACAUCACCUUCCGAUAUGAUUCCACCACUGUGGCCCUGGCAAGAUGCGAUGCCACAUCGCUUUAAUCUUAAUGAUGCUGGAGUUCCUGCUGCUGAUUUGAAUCAGCCCAGCAUGGCUCCCAUUUCUAUCACCCGUGAUGGUGGUCCUCCUGAUAACAUGGUGGUGUUCACUUGUUUUAAAUCCAUGACUUGGGUCAUUGAAAAUAAGAAUUCAACACCAGCCAGUAAAGUAGCUGUUAUUAACCUGAAGCUGCAAGAUUAUGGAAAGACUCCUUCAGGAGAAACAGAAGUGCAGUUUAGACUGACAAGGGUUACACUGGAGCCUAUGUUGAAAUCCAUGACUUACAUAAGUCAGCAGCUCUCAGCACCAGCUAGUAGAGUUGCUGUUAUCAAUCUGAAGACACAAUGGCUGCAGUACAGCAUCAAUAUGUGAGCGUACAACAAGUGAAGACGUUGCUUUCUUCAUUUGUUUUUAUUAUGCAAGAAAAGGAAGUGCCACUCAGAUUGUGUGGUGGUGGCUCAACGCCUUUGCACCAGUUCGGACUAUGAACCAGUUACUAGGAUUGAUAUCGAUUGAUUCUAAGAGAUUGUAGAUGCUGAAGAUGAGGAAUGAUGAUAAUUAUCCGUUCAUCUGUCUUUAUCCGUGCUACAAGGGAUGUGUGCUUGAGCACUUUUUGUGUUGGUGAUGGACUCUUAGGGCUUCUUCCCCUACCUUAAAAAAAGGAGAGAGAAAAACAAGUGAUUGGUGCCUCUGUCAAUUUGGUUAAUAUAGUUUUAAUUGUAUUUAGUCUGUUUGGUUUAGUUUUUAAAAAUUGUUUAAAGCCAAAAUAGGUGCCUCAGUCUACUUGCUCUUUAGUAAUGUGAAGCUCUCCUCUGCAUCGUUGGUCCACGGAAAGACACCCUUCAUGCUGUCUGUAAUUUGUGCCAUUAUGGUGAUGCUUGCCUUCUCUACUGUUAUUUUUUUUUUUGCAGUCCGAUGAUCGAUGACCAGGUUCCCCACAUUUUUAGCAACGUAUUGUUGAACCACAGGCAAUUUUUUUUUUGUG